UUACAAUUUCGACUGCUGUAGCGUGGAGCAAGGAGGUCGCCAGUUAGAAACGGGAGGUUCGCAUUCUCGGCAGUGGUCUGGACGUCGGUAUGCUCACCGCUGAUUGCAAUGUUAUGCUAUUGUCAGCCAAUUUGUAACGAUUCAAAUUCUCUUUUUCCCUUGAAUAUUUUAACUCUUUUUGUAAUUCGGGUUUUUGGGACUACGGAUAUACUGCACUGUAACAGCUAGUGUAGCUCUCAGUUUGGACGGCGUUCUCAAAAUAUCUGGGUUAAUUUUCCAAUGACUAUUAAUUUAAUUUUAACGAGGACAGGUUUUCAUGGACAGAAACACUAUUUAUGUUUUAUGUUUCAUUUAUGUUCAAGAGUUACGUUCCAAAAUUAUCACUGGCUGGCUUAAGAAGACAGGGUAGGAACCCAUCGAUUGUCAGGCGUUACAUGUUUCAAUUUUAGUCGAGUUCAGCAGGACGGAUAUAACAUUGUUUUUGUGGAUAUAACAUCUGUAUUUUAUGUUAAUGUCAAUUCGGUGUAGGUGUAUUUCGCGGUUUGAUUACUUAUUACGAUACAUGAAGGUAAAGCUACGUUUUGUAGAUGGAAGGUCUGUGUGAAUAUACUCGUCAAAAUUGCAGCUGAUUGCAGAGGGUUUUUUUGUCUCCGUCAUCACAGAAAGCUGCUGACAAAAGGGAUUGCCCUGGAUCGUUGAGAAAAGUCAUUUCUGUCUCGUAGUCAGCACUCUCUGUUUGACACAACAAUGUCCCUCAAUAAAAGUAUUGAAUGGGAACAUUUUGAAGAGCGUGACAAGACGCACCGGUCUUCUCGGGGCACAGGUACUGGUUCCCAGUCCGGGUCUCGGGGAAAUGGACUGGUUCCCAGUCCGGCGCACAGUGCCCACUGCAGCUUCUACCGUACGCGUACGCUGCAGUCCCUUACUUCUGAGAAGAAAGCCAAAAAAGUUCGUUUUUACCGAAAUGGGGACAAAUACUUCAAGGGUUUGGUGUACGCGGUGUCGAAUGACCGCUUCAGGUCCCUGGACGCGCUGCUUAUGGAACUGACCAGGUCGCUGUCGGACAACGUGAACUUGCCCCAAGGGGUACGGAGCAUAUACACUGUGGACGGAACCAGGAAAAUCACAAGCCUGGAGGAGCUGGUGGAAGGCGAGAGCUACGUGUGCGCUUCCAACGAGCCGUACCGCCGGGUGGACUACACCAGGAACAUCAACCCCAACUGGUCGGUGAACGUGAAGACGGGGGCGUCGCGGUCGCUCCCCUCGCUGGUGCCGUCCCGGGGCGAGCCGCGGGAGAGCAAGGACUUCAUCAAGCCCAAGCUGGUGACGGUGAUCCGCAGCGGCGUGAAGCCGCGCAAGGCCGUGCGCGUCCUGCUCAACAAGAAGACCGCCCACUCCUUCGAGCAGGUGCUCACCGACAUCACCGACGCCAUCAAGCUGGACUCCGGCGCCGUGAAGCGGCUCUACACGCUGGAGGGCAGGCAGGUCACCUGCCUGCAGGACUUCUUCGGCGAAGACGACGUCUUCAUCGCGUGCGGUCCGGAGAAGUACCGCUACGCCCAGGACGACUUUUUGCUGGAUCACAGCGAGUGUCGGGUGCUGAAGUCCUCGUACGCUCGCUCGACCACCCCGGUUCGGCCUCCAGGAUCCAAGAGCCCGGGACCGUCACGCCGUAGCAAGUCCCCUGGGACAGUCAGAAGAGCUGGGUACUAUUCUGCCAGCCACUCCCCGGUGAAAUCUCCAGUCAAUGGGGCCCCGGCCAGCCAGAUAUCCACCCCUAAGUCCACCAAAUCCUCCAGCUCCUCCCCCACCAGCCCCCGCAGUACACGCAGCUUUAAGCUUUCUGCCGUGAGAGGGGACGCUGCGGACGACCGAUCGCUUCCUCUCCAGAGCUCCGCCCAUCAUAGCUCCACCCCCAACGUGAACGGAGCCGCCCACCAGGCCAACAGCCCGAGCCCAGAAGCAGUUAACGGGAACAAAUGCCUGGCAGCAUCAGUAAUCCUGGACAAGUACAGGGUCGGGAAGGUCUUAGGAGACGGAAACUUUGCCGUGGUGAAGGAAUGUGUUGAACGGUCCACUGGGAAGGAGUUUGCUCUGAAGAUCAUUGACAAGGCCAAGUGCAGUGGGAAGGAGCACCUGAUUGAGAAUGAAGUUGCGGUUCUGCGCAGGGUCAAACACCCCAAUAUCAUCAUGCUGAUUGAGGAGGUGGACACGCCCACGGAACUCUACCUGGUCAUGGAACUGGUCAAGGGUGGGGACUUGUUUGAUGCCAUCACCUCCUCGACAAAAUACACGGAGCGGGAUGCCAGUGCCAUGGUGUUCAACCUGGCCAGCGCCCUCAAGUACCUGCAUGGCAUGAAGAUUGUGCACCGCGACAUCAAGCCAGAGAACCUGCUGGUGUGUGACGGCCCUGAUGGUACCAAGUCCCUGAAGCUGGGGGACUUUGGGCUGGCCACCGUGGUGGAGGAGCCCCUGCACACCGUGUGCGGGACGCCCACCUACGUCGCCCCGGAGAUCAUCCUCGAAUCAGGGUACGGGCUGAAGGUGGACAUUUGGGCUGCUGGGGUCAUCACCUACAUCCUGCUCUGUGGCUUCCCCCCCUUCCGCAGUGAGAAUAACCAGCAGGAGGACCUGUUUGACCAGAUCCUGGUGGGUCGCCUGGAGUUCCCCUCUCCAUACUGGGACAACAUCACCGACUCAGCCAAGGAGCUGAUUGGCCAGAUGCUUCAGGUGAACGUGGAGGCUCGCUAUACUGCAGAGGACGUCCUGUCUCACCCCUGGGUCACGGACGACGUUGUGAUGGAGAACAACAUGAAGGUGGAGGUUACAGGUAAACUAAAGAAGCACUUCAACGCAGCGCCUAAACAGAACAGCACAUCAGCUGGAGUGUCUGUCAUUAUGAACACAGCUCUUGAUAAGGAGAGCAUCCUGCUCACCAGACGCUGCCAGGAGCCCAGCACCGUCAGAUCCGGGAAGAAAACCCCGCCCAUCCAGCUUGAGGACUCCGCCCCCUUGGAGCCAACCGGUUUCGCCAGCCCCGCCCUCACCACUGGACCCCGGACCCCAUCCCUACCCGAUUCACCGUCGCCGCCGCCACCUCCUCCGCCCACCCUAGUAACUGUGGAACAUGGGACUGAAGCGGGAGAGCCUUGAUUGACACUGAAUUAGACACGCCCCCCCCCUCCCCUCCACUUCCUGUUUGCCCCUCCCUUCCUCAGCUCUGCCCUACUGGUCUUUUCCUCGUAUGUAGAGGUAGAUAUUCCAGCAGCCGCUACUGCUCAUCAGCUUCACGACCAUCUUCAAUGUCUCUCAAUUCCUUUUGCUGUAUAAUGAAGGGUGAUGGAUAAUUGUGUUUUAUUGGCUACUGUAUAUUUGUGAAUAUUUUGCAUAAGGUUUUUGAAAGAUGCCAAGCUGAAAGCGUUUUCAAUAUGGGGUUAGAUAGGUUCUUAAAACUUUUUUUUCUAUUUAUUCUCCAGAAAAGUGAUUGGUCGGUCGGUUACAACACACGUGUUUAUCAUGAGUAAAUGUGUAUCGAUGCAUUUGCUGACUAGUGUUAAAGAGAAGCUACAGUAGCUGUAUGUGACUUAGAUCUGGGGGGAACAAUGUGAAACUUUGGGCUUAUUACCCAGUGAGCAUGCUCUGAUGAAGAAUUGACUGGCCCUUUCGUUUUUGUUAUAGCUGCUUUACACCAAAACCAAUUUGAUUUGCCUUCAGUGAACCCGAGACGAUGAAUGUGCGAUUUGAUCCGAGGGCAGAGCGUUUAAUAAAACUGACAGUGAAAGCAUCAGCAUGGACGGCUCUUGCUCCACUCCAAAUAAGGAAACACUUUUUUUUUAAAAAGCCCAUUUAGACUGAAGGACAUAAUGAAAUAAGUAUUUGCCUCAUAACUAAUUUAUUUGUACAGACUAAAUAAAAAUGUGAAGAUGUUACUAAAACGUAGUUAUUUUAUGUUUGCUGCUGUAUCGUAGGGCUUCAGUGCUGUAGGUAGGGGGCCCUGUCCUCUUUGUUGAGGGAGGCAUUGGCUUUAUUUAGCCAUUGUGAGCGAGAUUGACCACUCCACAGAGAACCACAAGAAACUCUCCCACUGGCCUCCUCUGUGUAAACGAAUACUGUACUGUAUAUGUCCUCAAACUGGAUUUACAUAGUGUCCACACAAUGCAGUUUCAUUCUGCCAUUUAAAAGCAGAGUCAAAUGCAAGCUAUAGUAUAUUUUUAGGGGUGACCAAGUGGCUUUCUUAAACUGUGGUGUCCCUCAUCGAGUAAGUGAGGGCUUCCUAAAGCCAAGGACGAUGCUGAGUUUUGGUCAGGGCUUACUUGGAAAAAUAAUAUUCUCAGUGGAAACCUGGAUCAAUAAAGGAUAAAUAAUUUUACCACUAGAUGGCGGAAAAGGUGCUUAAAGAGAUCCAAAAUCACAGUCUGAACAGUGCCUGUUCCACUCUUGUUUGGCAGAAACAUGCUUUCAUUUAGCUUUCAUUUUGACAGUUGUAGGCUAUUGUAUACUUAGAGGAGGAUACUGAUAUCAUCUCCUGAACGUUUUGACGUUAUACUUUAUUUUGUAUUAGAAAUAACUUUAAAUGCAAUAAAAUUCUGCAUUCCUGCUA